AUGCAGCAUGGACGACAGCGACGAUUAACUGAAAAAACAGAAGAAGAAAUCAAGCAGGAACAGAUGAAAGCAGCCAAACUCCAAAAGGCCGGUCUUUUGGUAUUGAGCAAGAUCCGAGCAAAAGACUACUCUUCAGAGUCUUUCAAGUUAACAACAGUAUUAGCAAAACUCAAUCCGGAUUUCUACACAGUUUGGAACUACAGAAAGGAUUUUUUACAGAUUCAGUUAGAAAGCGAGACUCUGAACGAGGAGCAAAAGAUCGAUCUCUUAAAGAAGGAUGUCACUCUCACAGAAGAAAUAAUCCGUGAAAAGGAUCCAAAGUGUUAUUCGGUGUGGCAUCAUCGACGCUGGUUGUUUUCCAAGUAUUGUUUUUAUGAUGAACGCGAGAUCCAGCUCUGUGAAAUGCUCUUGAAAAAGGAUCAACGUAAUUUCCAUUGCUGGAAUCAUUGGAUGCUGAUUUGCCGAGACUUACACAUCUCCCUAAAGGAUCAGAUGGCGUUUACAUGGCAGCGAAUUAUGGAGAACGAGAGCAAUUAUUCGGCUUGGCAUUUUCGCGGGGAACUGCUCCAUCGGCUUCUCUUCGAACAGUAUUCCGAGGAUGGGAAAAGCACAACAAAUCUACAUUACAUUUACUUAAUUACCUGUUCAUGCCUUUGUGGUCAAAACCGAUAUUUAUUGAGUUCCUGGAAACCAUUAGUAUUAUCAAAGAUAUUAAAAGAGACGUAUUUUGUUGAGAUGACUACUCCUGGAUUUGAAGGUGCUGAAAAGAUUUUGCAGAUCAAGAUAGAAUCUGUUAAACCAAAUAAAGGGUUAAGGGCAAUUCCUCAAUCUACGUGGCAGCUAAUUCUUGAUGAAGCAAAGUGCUCCAUUGUAAAUAGCAUUUGCUUAGGGGACAGUACUGCCUAUCUUCUUUCUGAAUCAAGUCUGUUUGUUAUGGAUAGCACUUGUAUAUUUAAAACUUGUGGCCAGACCCAGCUUCUACGUGUUAUUCCUCUUGUCAUGGAGGUCUUGAAAAAGCGCGGAUUGCAGUUGGAAUUUCUGCUAUACACGACAAAGGAUUUUUUGUUUCCAGAGAACCAGAUCUUUCCUCAUAAUAGUUGGGACGAAUCCGAAAACUACUUGCGUUCCAUCUUCCCUGAGGAACGUUGCACGAUUCUCGGAGACCCAAACGGGGACCACGUUUUUAUGUUCUCCUACAGCCGCCCAUCUCCCGAUGACUCCCUCCCCUUGGAGGUGGAGCCCGAAGAGUACUCGACGAACUCGCUGUCGUAUCCCUACCGAGAGGGUUCUCCCGUGUUCUCGGGGCAGCGUUCGUUCUGCGAGGGGGGUCCCGACAGUUGCUUUUUGAACCUGAUGAUGUACGACAUGGCGGACGAGGCGUCGAAGUUGUUCUUCAAGGACGGCAAGAAGACCGCCAAGGAUGUGACGGACCAAAUGGGCUUGCGAUCGUUGUUCCCUUCGUCUCUGAUCGACGAUUAUCUAUUUGACCCUUGCGGAUACUCGAUGAAUGGAUUGGACGCCUCUGGGGGCUUCUACACAAUCCACGUUACUCCGGAAAAGGAGUGCAGUUAUGCGAGCUUUGAGACCAACAUUAGGGAUGUGGACGUAGAUAACCUUAUUCGAUCGGUACUAGCUAUCUUUCAGCCAAAGCGAUUCACGUUUACGGUGACCUAUCAUAUGGAUAUGGCCUAUGGUAUUAAGAAGACGCCCCUUUGGCCUGAGUCGUUCACGAGCCUCUGUGGAGAAGACUAUCGACUAAUUUAUCGUUCCGAGAUCAACAAGAAUAAAACGGUUUAUUCGCUGGGUAAUUAUGUAUCACACUAA